GUUUUCAUGAAGGAGAAAUAAAGUUACUCAGCAAGACGCACACCCUCCGUCUCACUGUGAUGACGUUUACAAAUUCAGUUUCAACUGCCGCUGGUUUCGUAGAAGCGUUUCUCUCUUUUCUUCAUCAAAAACUCUCACUUCUUCCCGUCAAACAGGCUGGGAUCUUGGAUGGAGUAAGAGUUGAGCCCCAGUGAGAUGACUGACCAGGGCAACAACAACCAGAACAUCUCCUGCAACCCCUUUGCUGCCCUCUUCAGCUCACUGGCUGAUGCCAAGCAGUUUGCAUCAGGCCAGAAACCACAACAGCUGUCUGCUGAACCACCGUGUCAUAGUGUAUCUUGUAUCACAGUGGAGGACUCAGGAGAGAGCCAGUCCGAGUCAGAAAACUCUGUGUCAGACAGCGUUGAUGACAAUGACGACUCCGUGGCAGAGAUCAGCCGCUCCUUCCGGUCCCGGCAGGAGCUGUGUGAACAGCUCAAUGUCAAUCACAUGAUCCAGCGAAUAUUUCUCAUCACUCUGGACAACAGUGACCCCAGUCUGAGAGGAGGUAAUGGGAUCCCCCCUCGCUGUGUUUACCUGGAGGAGAUGGCUGCAGAUCUGGAUGGACAAGACUGGCUGGACAUGGACAACAUAGAACAGGCUCUGUUUAACCGUCUGCUGCUGCUAGAGCCAGGAAACCACCUCAUCUACAUGACGUCAUGCAGCGCUGUUAACCUGUCUGCUGACCGUGAUGCUGGGCAGAAGUGUGCCAUCCCUUACCUGUUUGCUUGUUACCAGAGAGCCAAAGAAGAGGUGACAAAGGUACCAGAGAAGUUAUUGUCAUUUGCUGUUCGCUGUAAGAACCUGACGGUUUCUAACACGCGGACAGUCCUGCUCACCCCGGAGAUCUACAUCAGCCAGAAUAUCUACGAACAGCUGCUGGACCUGCUGCUGGAAAGUUUCAGUGGAGCACAGCCAGAGGAGGUGGUUGAGUUUGUGGAGGAGGUCAUUUCUGGCCUACUCUCCGACCAGGAGGUGCGUACCUUCGAGGAGGUGAUAGUGCCAGUGUUUGAUAUCUUCCAGGGACGCAUCAAAGACUUGGACCUGUGCCAGCCUCUCCUCUACUCCUACCUAGAUGUUCUGCUCUAUUUCAGCCACCAUAAAGAUAUUGCCAAGGUAUUGGUGGAACACAUUCAGCCCAAAGACCCAGCUAAUGGUUUACAGUAUCAGAAAAGCCUUCUGGGAGCAGUGUUGAGUAUCUCCUGCUUGUUGAAAACCCCAGGUGUGGUGGAGGGACAUGGCUACUUCCUGAACCCCUCCCGCUCCAGUGCCCAGGAGACAAAGGUCCAGGAGGCAAACAUCCACCAGUUCAUGGGUCAGUUUCAUGACAAGCUGCACCAGAUCUUGAAAAACUUGCUCCAGCGAUCUGGUGAGACGCGCCACUUGCUGCUCUCGUGGCUGGGGAGCUGUCUGCAGGCUAACGCUGGCCGGGCCAAGAUAUGGGCCAAUCAGAUGCCAGAGAUCUUCUUCCAGAUGUAUGCCUCAGAUGCAUUCUUCUUAAACUUGGGUGCAGCGCUGCUGAAGUUGUGCCAGCCCUUCUGUAGGCCGCGUUCGCCCAAACUGCUCACCUUCAACCCCACUUACUGUGCCCUCAAAGACCUGAGCGAAGAAGAGAGGCGCAAUCGCAAUGUGCACGCAAGAGGUCUCGAUAAGGAAACCUGUCUGAUCCCUGUGCCACCUCAGCAGCCGGUGGAGUCUGCACAGUCUUACAGCCUGCUAACUGAAAACCUCAUCCUCACACAACUCACCCUGCAUCUUGGCUUCCACAGACUCCAUGAGCAGAUGGUGAAGAUGAACCAGUCUCUCCACCGGCUCCAGGUCACGUGGCAGGAGGCCCAGCGAGCAGGCAACCCAAUGUCGGAGCAGCUCCUGGAGCAGUUUGAGCGUCUCAUGAUUGUUUAUCUGUCAACCAAAGCUGCCACCACGCAGCCCGCCAUGCUGCAAUGCUGCCUUAACCUCCAAGCUUCCACCGGUGCUCUGCUGGUUCAGCUUGGGAUGGGGAAUCAGGGGCCUGAACAUGUAGCACUCAGCUUUCCCCUGCCCACCCUACGGAAUACUGUGCUGUGCUAUGUACCAGAGUUUUUUGCAGAGAACUUGGGAGAUUUUUUCAUCUUCCUGCGUCGAUUUGCAGACGAUGUUUUGGAGACUUCUGCAGAAAGUCUGGAGCAGAUUCUUAACUUCAUCACUGUCUUCAUGGGUAACGUAGAGAGGAUGAAGAACCCUCAUUUAAGAGCAAAGCUCGCAGAGGUCUUAGAGGCGGUGAUGCCCCACAUGGAGCCGGUGGCUCCCGGUGCUGUUCAGCCAAUCGUGUUCCAGCGAGAGAGAGUCUUCUGCUCUUAUAGACAUGCACCUCAGCUGGCCGAGGCCCUCAUUGCUGUGUUUGUAGACAUUGAAUUCACAGGUGAUCCUCAUCAGUUUGAACAGAAAUUCAACUACAGAAGACCCAUGUAUCCAAUCCUCAAGUACAUGUGGGGCAAAGAGACCUACAGAGAGAGUAUCAAGCAUUUGGCGCACUAUGCAUCUGAGAACCUGGAGGCCAUGAACGCCCCUCUGUUCCUCAGGUUCCUCAACUUACUGAUGAACGAUGCCAUCUUCCUCCUGGAUGAGGCUAUUCAGUACCUGAGUAAGAUCAAGGUUCUGCAGCUGGAGCGGGAUCGUGGGGAGUGGGAAGGCCUGGCCCCUGAUGCCCGAAGAGAGAAGGAGUCCAGCCUGCAGAUGUUUGGUCAGCUGGGACGCUUCCACAACAUCAUGUCUAAUGAGACCAUCGGCACACUGGCCUUCCUCACUUCAGAGAUCAAGGGGAUCUUUGUGCACCCGUUCCUGGCAGAGAGGAUCAUCUCCAUGCUGAACUACUUUCUGCAGCACCUGGUGGGUCCUAAGAUGGGUGCCCUUAAAGUCAAGGACUUCAGUGAGUUUGACUUCAAGCCUCAGCAGCUUGUGUCUGACAUCUGCACCAUCUACCUGAACCUGGGUGAUGAGGAAAAUUUCUGUGCUACAGUCCCAAAAGAUGGCCGAUCGUACUCUCCUACCCUCUUCUCCCAAACAGUUAGGGUACUAAAGAAGAUAAACAAGCCUGGGGACAUGAUUGUGGCUUUUGGACUCCUUGCUGAUAAAAUAAAGUCCCAUGCAGACAGACAGCAGCAGGAAGAGGAGACAUAUUCAGAUGCCCCAGAUGAGUUUUUGGAUCCCAUCAUGUCCACUCUGAUGCUCGAUCCUGUUCUUCUCCCUUCCUCCAAUGUCACAGUUGACCGCUCAACUAUAGCAAGGCAUCUCCUCAGUGACCAGACAGACCCAUUCAACCGCAGUCCUCUAACCAUGGACCAGAUCAGGCCAAACGAGGAACUCAAACAGCAGAUCUUACAGUGGCUGGAUAAGCAUAAGCAGGAGAGGCUGCAGCUGGGACCGAGCGGCUAGCCGCGAUCCCUCGCUGCAAUAAACAAUGGCUGCAUCCUUGUUUCCUUUCCUGGCUCACAACUCGCGUGCUCCUCUGCUUCUUGGCUUAUCCAUGGUGUGCUUGCCUCUGUGGAUUUCCUCUGACUACUCCGGUCCGACUAACAUUGCAUUAGCCUUUUCACGCAGCCUUCAUGCUCAGUGGAUUCCCUCUGUGACAAACAGUAGCCCACCGGCUGGUGACAGCUUUAAGAUCCGUGCACAAUAGCUGUUCGACUCCCGUGCCCUGCGGUAACAAUAGUAGGGUUCAACCUCUGGUUCCUCUCUCCCUGAAUACUGUGUAUUAAUUAGUUAUUAUUACAAUCAGAGCUGUGGCCAGAAGUAUCAGUUUCAACAGGACUUGUUGAAUGUACUGUAUGAACUCCUGACUGACCAGCUGGCCCUAACCAGAUUUUAUACUGCAAGGUAAGUAUUUUUGGGAACCCUUAAAGGCGGAACAUGGAUGGGAUUGUUUAUGAUUUGACUUUGAUUUCACCUUCAUGAAGAAUACAUCACGCACUGCCUUUUGAAGAUCUUGAACACCCUAUAUUUUAGCACUUUUAGUUGAAUCUCAAGUACCAUUGUAAAUAACAUUAGCAAUUAAAUGUAAGUCAUAGGUAAAACUGAAUUUGAUUGUCUGUGUUUUUUAUUUUAGUGGAAAUAAUCUAGAUUUACUUGACUUACUGUAAUAGGACACCUGUAGCACAAAACCAUACUGGGAAAUCUGUGUUUUACCAUAUUUAGAUAAGGGUCAUCAAAUCCUCAAGUGCACUUGCCUUUAAUCAAGCACUCCUUAAAGACCUCGUAAGGAUCCGAGAGCUUGCUAAUUAAUAGGUUGUUGGAUAUAAGAAUUUAAACUGUGUUUCAGUUACUAUAUAAUAAUUACACUAAUUUGAGCCACAUUUUAGGAUGUAGUACAUUUAAACAUAAUUUAAGAAUACCGAAAAAUGCCAAAAUACACACUAAAACUGCUUGAUUGUUGAGCAUGGCAUUGAUAGCCAGUAUUGUUUGGUCUGGCAAUGCUGAGUGGAAGAGGAGCUGCUGAGUUAAUACCACCUGACAGUGGCUCGACAGCUCCAGCAUUCUCAAAAAUCAAUCAAAAAUGGUUUAGAAAACUCCCCUCAGAGCAACAGAGGACAUACUACAAGUGUUUUCACCAGCUGAGUAGUAGUACUCAUGACAGAUAAACCGAUCUUCAUGUAUAAAAUCUGUGAAGUGCUCCUUUAAGACACUCAGCAGUGAUCAUGGGCACCAAAUGAGAAAUUAUGUCAGCAUAAAAAGGCAAGAAAAUACUAUUAAAAUCCAGCUUUCUAAACUGGAAAAACAUGGUGGCUGUUGGGGAACUAUUUGCCAAACUCAUAGUGAAUAAAUCUGAGUUGCUUCACAAUAUAUCUACAAUGACUAGUUUAAAAGGUCCAGUGUGUAACAUUCAGGUGGCUCUACUGGCAGAAAUAGAAUAUAACAUUCAUGGAUAUGUUUUAAUUAGUGUAUAAUGCCCUGAAAAUAAGAAGCAAAACUAAAAUCCUGUGGCAGAACAUAGGCUUGCAAAAUGCAUCCUAGCUUUAUUUACAAUCAGAAUAAAUCCCAAUAUUUUCUAAAUUUACAAACAUAGUUUAAUUUUAAGGUCUUUACAAUGACCAUAUUUCUUGAGAUUGAACAAAAAAAAAAUCUAAAUAUAGGGUGUUAACUAUUUUUUGACCGGCAGUGUAUUUAAUAGUCAUUGACAUCCUUUGAAAUAACAUUCACCAGAUUAACUGAUGUAUCCUGAUCUAGCAUUUUGAACAGAUGUUUUUUUGUUGUGUGCAAGCAUAGUGUAUUAACAUGUGGGCAAACAGUUGAUCGAUAGAAUCGGUGCCUAAAACCAAGAGCCUUGCGGAUCUGACUUGUUUCAUACUCAUAGGAGACAUAAUUAUGAGUUUGUUUAUUUAGGGCAUAUAGGAGGCUGUGGGUAGGAUAUAAAAGAAAAAAAAGAUGAUCAGUUUUUGAGUAGCUUUUUGAAAUAAAGGGUUAUAAUUCAAAAUCAAGUGUGGUUGUAUAAAAGUGACUAAAUGUGAAAGAAAGAUUAUGUAUUUGUUGGCAUGCCCUCAUACUGUCUGUUAUAAUAUCUACCACCUGAAUGAUUACAUUGGGUUAAAUUAUAAUGCAAUAUUUUUGUUUUAACUGUGAUUAUUAAAUGUUUAUUUUGGAUGUACAGUAUGAUUAAGAAAUAAAACUAAUGUGUGUUAUAUAA